AUGUCGACCUCUAAAGCCAUCGGUAUCGAUCUCGGCACCACCUACUCUUGCGUUGGUGUCUGGCAAAACGAUCGUGUCGAGAUCAUCGCCAACGACCAGGGUAACCGGACUACCCCUUCCUAUGUCUCCUUCUCGGAGAGCGAGCGUCUCAUUGGCGAUGCCGCCAAGAACCAGGUCGCCAUGAACCCCCACAACACUGUCUUCGAUGCCAAGCGUCUCAUUGGCCGCAAGUUUGCCGAUGCUGAGGUCCAGUCGGACAUCAAGCACUUCCCCUUCAAGGUCAUCGACAAGGGUGGCAAGCCCUACAUCUCUAUUGAGUAUCGCGGUGAGACCAAGGAGUUUUCCCCUGAGGAAAUUUCCUCCAUGAUCCUCUUGAAGAUGAAGGAGACCGCCGAAUCCUACCUCGGCGCCAACUGCAAUAACGCGGUCGUUACUGUCCCGGCAUACUUCAACGACUCUCAGCGUCAGGCAACCAAGGAUGCCGGCACCAUCGCUGGUAUGAAUGUACUUCGUAUCAUCAACGAGCCUACUGCCGCUGCCAUCGCCUACGGUCUUGACAAGAAGGUUACGGGCGAGCGCAACGUUCUCAUCUUCGAUCUCGGCGGUGGAACCUUUGAUGUUUCCCUUCUCACCAUUGAAGAGGGUAUCUUCGAAGUUAAGGCCACCGCCGGCGACACUCACUUGGGUGGUGAGGAUUUUGACAACCGUCUCGUCAACCACUUCGUCCAGGAGUUCAAGCGCAAGAACAAGAAAGAUCUUUCCUCCAACCCUCGUGCUCUCCGUCGUCUGCGCACUGCUUGCGAACGUGCCAAGCGCACGCUCUCGUCUGCAACCCAGACCACUCUCGAGAUCGACUCUCUCUUUGAGGGUAUUGACUUCUACACGUCCCUUACUCGUGCGCGCUUCGAGGAGCUGUGCCAGGACUUGUUCCGCAGCACCCUCGAGCCCGUCGAGAAGGUUCUCCGCGACUCGAAGAUUGACAAGGGCAACGUCCAUGAGAUCGUCCUCGUUGGUGGUUCUACUCGUAUUCCCCGUAUUGUGAAGCUCGUGUCCGACUUCUUCAACGGCAAGGAGCCUAACAAGAGCAUCAACCCCGACGAGGCCGUCGCGUACGGUGCUGCGGUCCAGGCUGCCAUCCUCUCUGGUGACACUUCUGAGAAGACUCAGGACCUUCUCCUUCUCGAUGUUGCUCCUCUUUCUCUUGGUAUUGAGACUGCUGGCGGUGUUAUGACUGCUCUCAUCAAGCGCAACACCACUGUCCCCACCAAGAAGUCCGAGACUUUCUCGACUUACUCCGACAACCAACCCGGCGUCUUGAUCCAGGUCUACGAGGGCGAGCGUGCCCGCACGAAGGACAACAACCUGCUCGGCAAGUUCGAGCUCUCUGGCAUCCCCCCCGCUCCUCGUGGUGUUCCUCAGGUCGAGGUCACCUUCGACAUUGAUGCCAACGGUAUCCUCAACGUCUCUGCAUCUGACAAGACCACCGGCAAGUCGAACCGUAUCACCAUCACCAACGAUAAGGGUCGUCUGUCCAAGGAGGAGAUCGAGCGCAUGGUCAACGAGGCCGAGCAAUACAAGGCUGAGGAUGAAGCUGCCGCCGCUCGCAUCCAGUCGAAGAACGCUCUCGAGUCGUACUCGUAUAACCUUCGCAACUCGAUCACCGACGAGAAGUUGCAGGACAAGUUUGAGGCUGAUGACAAGGCCAAGCUUGAGACUGCCGUCAACGAGACAAUCUCCUGGCUCGACAACUCGCAAGAGGCUUCCAAAGAGGAGUACGAUGACAAGCAGAAGGAACUCGAAGCCAUUGCCAACCCCAUCAUGCAAAAGCUGUAUGGCGCUGCUGGUGGUGCCCCUGGCGGCUUCCCUGGCGGUCCUGGAGGUGGAUUCCCUCCUGGUGCCGGCGGUGCUGCUCCUGGCGGCUUCCCCGGCGCUGGCGGCGAGGAUGGGCCCAGCGUGGAGGAGGUUGACUAA